AUGUCGGCAUUUGCUCAUAUCCAAUGCCCAAACCAAACCUGCGUUGCAGAGGGAUGUCCUUUCGCACAUCGUCUCAACCAACAGCCUCCCUUACCGUAUUAUAUGCCUCCAUUGCCCCCGAUUUACAAUCAGUAUCAGCCAAUAACGAGACCAACGACAUUAUCUAGUGAUACUCCCUCUACCUAUGGUGGUAAAUCUCUAGCAGAACUACUCGCUCAGCUAUCGCAAACUCGACGAAAUCUAUCUCGGACUGACCCUGUUGUACCCAGUGGCAGUACUUCAAAGAGACCUCAUGAAGAUAUGAAUUCCGAGGCAAUUCCUGUUAUCAGUGAUGAUGAUCAGCAGGUCAAACGGGUUAGAGCAUCUCUGCCUAGUAUCGAUUGUCCUGAUGUGCCAACAACUGUUGCCCCAGUGGAGGUGCCAGAGUGUAGCAAGCACGUAGAUUCAACACCUUUGAAACGUGAUGAGGUGUUCAAACCUGCUAUUGUACAGAAACCCAAAGAACCAGUAGUGAUUUUAAUCGAAGAUGAUGAUGAUACACAAGUCAAUACUCAUGUGCACAGUCCACCAGCUAAGGCUCUCGUCAAAACAUCGGAUAAGACGGAAUCAGCAGAUCGAAAUGGAUUGCCCAACAAGUCUUCGCCUCCGUCAUCUAAAUCACCACCAUCAUCGAAGCCGCCAUCGUCAUCUAAACCAUCAUCGUCAUCGAAACCAGAAUCGUCACCUAAACCGCCGUCGUCAUCUAAACCACCAUCAUCAUCCUCUACUGCUCCUACAUCUAAACCAUCGUUGCAGAAACAAAAACAACCAAGUAAAGUAGCACCCGUGACCGCAACAUUGCCUCAGGUGCCACUCGACAACACCAGUAAAGUACCUCACAAGGUCCGCAACAACGUAUUGAAUGGACUAUACGCACAAUUUUGUCGGAUCUAUGAGCCAAUCGUACGAAAACUGCCAAACGUUGCUCAUGAACAUGCUCUGGCUCAGGAAAAACUCCUCCAUCAUACAUCGACCAAGACUUCGUAUGUUGGAGCUGGAAUUUCUCUGUUGGCAAGGUUGAAGACACGACCUGUUGCUGUAGAUGAAUUGGAUAUUGGGCUAGAUGGAGAGUGGGUGGCAAGGCCUGCGGUCACAAAGGUAGACGUUGAGCGUAUCAGCCAAUACUGUGUUCCAAAGGCAAAGCUGGCUGAAAUGGGCUAUUUCAUUGAGGAGGAAACACAGAGUUCUGUCUCUCUCGACGCUUUGAAGACUCGAAAGCAAGAGUGUGACAGGUGUCGAACUGUGCAAUUCACUCCAACAACAUUUGCACCGACCAGUGCCUUGGCAACUGAGUGUAAAUAUCAUUGGGGUUACUCUUAUAAGGAUAAGCCAUCAGGGGGAGAACAGUCACGAAGACUUUAUAGCUGUUGUCAGCAGAUCGUUGGUACAGCAGGAUGCACUGAAGGCCCUCACACAUUCAAACUCAAGGCUUAUUCAGAUUUGAAUGCUUAUGUUCCAUUCCGUCGCUUGCCAACUCCACAUCAGAAGAGUAAGAGACAAGCUGUACUGGCUCUAGACUGUGAAAUGUCAUAUACUCUUGCUGGAAUGGAAGUUACUCGAAUCGUCGUGAUUAAUGCAUCAAAUGAUGUGUUACUUGAUGAGCUCGUUAAGACCAGCUACCCUGUCAUUGAUUACAACACACGCUUCUCGGGAGUUUCCUCUGUUGAAACAGCCCAAUACGACCUCAAUGGCAUAUAUGACAUGUUGAGUGAAUACGCUGAUCAAGACACGAUUCUUAUUGGGCAUGGACUUGAAAAUGAUUUGAUUGCCCUCAGAUUGAUACACACCAAGGUGGUUGAUACCGCCGCUGUGUUUCCUCAUCCAAAGGGUCUUCCGUUGCGAUACUCCCUCAGAGUGCUUGCUCGAGAAGUCUUGGGCCGACACAUUCAACAAGGAUUUGACGAACAUGAUCCAUCUGUCGAUGCUAAAACUGCUUUAGAUUUGUGCCGAGUGAGAGUCGAAAAAGGUAAUACCAUAAAGUCAAAGUAA